GAAGGGCUGGUGGGGGAAGGGUUCUGCGUUGAGGCCCCGCGGAAGGUAAAAAUGGAGGUAGACUGACGUGCUUGCUGCAGUUUGGCCGGCUGGUUUACAAGUCGGAAAUCGAAAUCGUCGGUCGACGAUGUUUUUAACUGGACGCAAAAUUGGAGAAAUACUGAGGUCCUUUGGAGGAAAGAGAUGGGCGCAGAGGGAGGCGGGAAGAGUGACACUGAGGUGUCCCAAGAAUUGAAGGAUUUAUCAACAGACUGCAAUUUCUUCACUGCCAAAAUGACAUCAUUUUCCACCUCUGCCCAGUGUUCAACUUCUGACAGUGCUUGCAGGAUCUCUGCAGAACAAACCAAUCAGGUACGACCAAAACUGCCACUUUUGAAGAUUUUGCAGGCAGCAGGUGCACAAGGUGAAAUGUUCACUGUUAAAGAGGUCAUGCACUAUCUAGGCCAGUACAUAAUGGUGAAGCAGCUUUAUGACCAGCAGGAGCAGCAUAUGGUGUAUUGUGGUGGAGAUCUUCUGGGAGAACUGCUAGGACGUCAGAGCUUCUCCGUGAAAGAUCCGAGCCCUCUCUAUGAUAUGCUAAGAAAGAAUCUUGUCACUUUAGCCACUGCCACUACAGAUGCUGCUCAGACUCUCGCUCUCGCACAGGAUCACAGUAUGGAUAUUCCAAGUCAAGACCAACUGAAGCAAAGUUCAGAAGAAAGUUCCAGUUCUAGGAAAAGAAUGGAAGAAGGCAAUAUACCUACACUGCCUACCUCACAACAUAAAUGCAGAAAUUCUAGAGAAGGUGAAGACUUCAUAAAAAACUUAACCCAAGGUGAGACCUCUAAGCUGGACCUUGGGUUUGAGGAGUGGGAUAUAGCCGGACUGCCUUGGUGGUUUUUAGGAAACCUGAGGAACAACUAUACACCUAGAAGUAAUGGCUCAACUGAUUUACAGACAAAUCAGGAUAUAGGUACUGCCAUUGUUUCAGACACCACAGAUGAUUUGUGGUUUUUGAAUGAGUCUGUAUCAGAGCAGUUUGGUGUAGGAAUCAAAGUUGAAGCCGCAGAUACUGAACAAACAAGUGAAGAAGUAGGGAAAGUAAGAGACAAAAAGGUGAUUGAAGUGGGAAAAAAUGAUGACCUUGAGGACUCCAAGUCCAUAAGUGACGAUACUGAUGUAGAAGUUACCUCUGAGGAUGAGUGGCAGUGUACUGAGUGCAAGAAAUUUAACUCUCCAAGCAAGAGGUACUGUUUCCGUUGCUGGGCCUUGAGGAAGGAUUGGUAUUCAGAUUGUUCUAAGUUAACCCAUUCUCUCUCCACGUCUGAUAUCACUGCCAUACCUGAAAAGAAGGAAAAUGAAGGAAUUGAUGUCCCUGAUUGCCGAAGAACCAUAUCAGCUCCAGUUGUUAGACCUAAAGAUGUGUAUACAAAGGAAGAAAACCCUAAACUUUUUGAUCCCUGCAACUCAGUAGAAUUCUUGGAUUUGGCCCACAGUUCGGAAAGCCAAGAAACCAUAUCAAGCACGGGAGAACAAUCAGAUAACCUUUUUGAACAGAGAACAGAUACAGAAAACAUGGAAGAUUGCCAGAAUCUCUUGAAGCCGUGUAGUCUGUGUGAGAAAAGACCACGAGAUGGAAACAUUAUUCAUGGGAGGACGGGCCAUCUUGUCACUUGUUUUCACUGUGCCAGAAGAUUAAAGAAGGCUGGGGCUUCAUGCCCUAUUUGCAAGAAAGAGAUUCAGUUGGUUAUUAAGGUUUUUAUAGCAUAGCUAACUCAGCGAAUUGCGGAAAAUAUUAACAGGGCUAGGUCGUGUUUCAAAAUGUCAGUAUUGAGCCUCUCUACUCAGUGUAGCCCAUUACAUCUGUUUAUUUAUUUGGGUAAACAUCUGUGUUCCCCAACAUUUUUGCUUCUAAACUUAUAUGGAAUUUGAGAAUGAGUUCUUUAGAACUAGGUUGCCAAUUUGGGGGACGCUGUUAACAUGAAAAGAUACGUUAACCACUUCAUUCUCUCCUCAAAGAUGAGGAUCUGGGAGAAAGCAACUGCCAGUACUAACAAAAAUACAUUAAUUCGCUCACUUACCAAAUUAUUUGAAGAUUUACUAUUUCUUUAGUUAAUUGUAUUCCCCAUUCUUUUUUUCUGUUAGGGAAUGUUAUUAGGCAUUAGGAUCCAAGGUGGCUAUUAGAAAAAUACUAAAGCUAACAAAAGAAAUAAUAAUAAAUUUGAUUAGUCAAGGUAUGUAAUGCUAUAUAGAGUGUUGCAGUCAGGCUGCACGAUUCAGAUAAGCUAAAAGAAAAGUCUUGAUAAACAAGCGCUUUCUUCCAUGUGUGCCUAGAACAAUGGUAUGGAGCAUUUUUGCUAACAUACUCCUAAAAGGAUUUUGAAAAAGUAUAUAUAACCUUUUGCACAUUUUACACCAUGAGGUAUAUAAUUAACAGACAAAGUUUCCUUUCUGGUGAGUUGUAGACCUCUUGAGUAGCCAGCCUAAAACAAGCAAUGGAACGUUUCUGUCUCCUUAGAAUGUUUCCCUUGUUCCUCUUUCCAAGCAGUUCCCCCUCCAUUUCGUGGCUCUCAUUCUAGGUUAGCUGUCCUUUUGCACAUGUUUAGUGUGACAUCUAAAUUUUAAAAAUACCUUUAAAUACUUAGAAAGGGUACCCUAUCCGAUAUAUUGUAUAUGUGCCUUAAAAAUAUUUUUCUCAAAGCCUUGGAGCUGUAGGUUUCGUUGAUUAAAGUUAUAGAAAAAAUCCUGUCAUAUAAAGUAGCAAAGCUGUUCUCAUUUUAAAAUUCAUCAGCCAAAUCAGAUUUCACUUUCACUCAGAAAAUGUUUGACUUUAUUUUUAAAAAUAAAUGCAUUAGCACAUUUCUGGCACAACCGUCUCAAUUACAGUUCUAAGGUAGGUAAGGCAUAGAAUUUUUAACCUAAGCUCCCUUUGCUUUACUCUGUCCUCAUUAUCUUCUGAGAAUCCCCUGGAGGUUUUUUGUUGUUCUUUUAUUUGAUGCCUCUAGAGGCUUUUUACAUUCUGAGGCAAUGCCCCAUAGUAAGAUUCUAGAUGGGUGAGAGGCAGCCUUUCCUUUGGAAAUAGGGAGUUAUGGCGGUUGUGAAAAGGAUAUUAAGAAAAAUGGUAGAUCUGAAGAAGCCUUAUCUGAGCACAUUAAUCUUAGGACAGUACAAAUGGAAGUUGAAGACCUUUAAGCUGAUGUCUUUAUACCUAUCCCUGCCUGCUUUCUCCAUGGAAAAAUCUUGAAGUAUGCCCAGGGGUAUGCAUAUGAGAUUUUGGGGACGAGGGCCCUAGAAUUAACAAAUUUACUGAUCCAAAAAAUUACCUGGGUUGCUUGUUAAAACAGCCCAAGUU